AUGUCUGCUUCUGAGGACUUGAUCGAUUUCGACAUAAUUGAGAAUCAAAAAGAAAACAUUCAAUCAUUACCACAAGGACGAUCCGCAAGGAAUCUCGCAAAAAUAUUCUCUCCAUCACCUCUACAACCCCUCUCAACACCUACACCAUCCGAUACCAGAAAUUUGAACGAUGCAGUCAGAGAAGAAUAUGAAGAAGAACUAGCCAAUAUUGGUGAAUCAGACGACCCAUUAGAUAUCUAUGAUCGAUAUGUCAAAUGGACACUCGAUGCAUACCCCUCCGCACAAGCAACACCCAAUUCACAACUUGCCCCUCUUCUCGAGCGCGCAACGAAGACCUUCCUCAAUUCUCCACAAUACAAAAAUGAUCCACGAUACCUAAAGCUAUGGCUUUUAUACAUACGAUUCUUCUCCGAUACACCGCGCGAAACAUUUGCAUUUCUAGCUCGUCAUAAUAUCGGGGAAGGAUUAGCAUUGUUCUACGAAGAAUUUGCAGGAUGGUUGGAAGGUGCUGGCAGAUGGGUACAAGCAGAGGAAGUUUUUCAGAUGGGUAUUGAUAAGGAGGCUAGACCAGCACCACGUUUGUUACGCAAAUUCAACGAGUUCCAGGAAAGAUUCGCUGCUAGACCAGAUAGCAGUAAUGAACCUUCAUCCCCCGCAUUACCUACAGUUCGACCAGCUCUUGCGGCAAAAAUAGACCCAUAUGCUGCAGUUGCGCCAGCUCCAGAGGAUCCUCAAGCACCUAGACCUUCCGCAGGUGUAGGCGGCGGUUCAGCAACUACAAAAAGUGGCAAGCAAAAGUUGAAGAUUUUCUCGGAUGAUGAGAAUGGAUCUGCACCGGCGGUCUCUGCAUCUCCAGGUGCAGGUUGGGAAAGUAUAGGAUCAUUGGCAGACCGGAAGAAGGAAAAUAGGAUUGAACCCAAGCCAUGGGUUGGAGAAACAUUAAAAGCGGGUGGAAAGAAGAGCAGUACCAAGAUGGCAAUUUUCAAGGACGAGUCAUUAAAAUUACCUCAAAUUACAAUUCCAGAAUUGCAACAAGUGACUAUUAAUCCUAGAAAUGGCAGAAGUGAACGAAUUUUUGUUAAUCUUGAAGCUGUGUAUCCUAGCCCGGAUGAAAUUGGGACAGAAUUGAGCUUCGAAGAGCUACGUGCUGCUCAUCGUGGAUGGCUGGAUAAGUCAUGGGAACCGGAAUUAGAUAUACCAUCGGAGCCAUUGUCAAGUAAACCAGCUCAAGAUACUAAUAUGGGCAUUGAAACUAUUACACAACAAAUCCCAGAGAAGCUAGUUAUUGCUCGGGAUUCAGUGUUUUCCAAUGAGAAUCGCGAGAAAUUUGCAGUUGCUCGGGAUCCCGUACCUACGGAUGAAAAUCGGCCAGAGAAACUCGUUAUUGCUCGGGAUCCUGUAUAUACUGACGAAAAUCAUCGACCGGAAAAACUCGUCGUCGCUCGAGAUUCAGUAUAUCUGGAUGAGAAUGGAGCAAAGAAAGAGCAUAAUAGAGAAACCAAGCAUAGGAGAAUGAAAGUUAAGGAGGUCAAUAAGACGCAAAUAAUCAGCGCUAAACUUUCUUCACCGACGGGGAAGAAAAUGAAAAAGAGGAAGGCAUCUAAGGAGCAAACGAUGACUCUUCAUACUAAAGCAGCCACGGAUGAAAUUUACGAUAUCUUCAACCAACCCCUCAAACCAGCAAAUGAGGAGGAGGAAGAGGAAGAAGAGGAAGAAAGUGAUGACGACGAUGAAGAUAUGACUGAUGGUGAUUAUACAAGUGGCGGAGAAAGCACCAUGACAGGAGGACUUCAUGGUACCAGUGAAGCCGGUGACGAUGACGAAACUACUGAUGUAAAGAGUGAAAGCGAGUGGACCGAAUUUACAGCGCAGGCGCCUGGUCCAGAUGUGGACGAUGAAGAUGAAGCCAUAGCCUCUACCUUCACCGAUGGAGAAGAUGAAGAGUUCGAGGCUAUUAAGGUUGCAAUUCCUCGUGAUGUGGAAGAACACGAUGAUCUCGUGACUCCAAUAGCCGAGGAUGGAUCAUUCAGAUCAACGACAAGUUUUGUGCCAAUACCUCCAGAAGAUUAUGACCCACCAACUCAUCCAUAUCGAGACCCAGCUCAAGUUUCUCAAAAUCGUCUUCCUUUCAUGACCCCAAUUGUUGAAAGAACUGAAUCGUCGCUUGGAUUACCAACUAUCAGGGAUCAGAAACAUUACUUUAAUUCUACCACUAGUCCUAGCAGAGGUAGUGGAUCAAAGAUACAGGUUUUCCAAGAUGAUGAUGAUGAUGAAGAGGAUGAAGAUAGCAGUCCUUUGAGAGAAAUCGUUAAUGAAGCGAAGCCCAUCGACAGAAUUCCGCAACCACAAUUGGGCAAGAAAAAGCCAUUAUCAAAUUCCACGGCAUUCGCCAGAGAAAUCGCACCUAAAGGUCCUAUUGUUCACGAUUCCCAAUGUAAUCCGGUUGAUGAAGGUAUUCGACAAUUAAUAUUCGAGAAGUUACAACCUCCUCUCAGCUCUUAUGAAGGAUUUUCUCAGCACGACGGAACGAGGGGACAGUCAGCAGAAUUGAAGAAAUAUGCCAAAGCAGCCUCGAGAGCAAAAGGCUCAAGCGAUAGAACUAGUAUUUCAGCGCCCCCAAUACUGAAAUUUCCUGGAACAGAUAGACAUUACACAUUGAGACGAGAACUUGGUGCAGGCGCAUUUGCUCCCGUGUAUCUACUCGAAAGUGGAACAGAAGAUGCUGAGCAAGAUGAGAACGAAACCCCGGCAAUUAUGGGCAAGGGAGCUUUCGAUCACUUUAAUCGCAAAUCAUUAGAAGCAUUAAAGAUGGAAGAUCCACCAAGUGCAUGGGAAUUCUACAUUAUGCGCCAAGCGAAACGAAGGUUGGGAGUAUCCCGUCCUGCAGAAAGUAUUCUUGACGUUUACGAAAUGCAUCUUUAUAGAGAUGAAUGCUAUUUGAUAGAAGAAUAUAGAGAUCAAGGUACUCUUCUGGAUAUCAUCAAUAUCUCCCGGGCAGAUGCCAAGUCACCAGGUGGUGUCAUGGAUGAACUCCUCGUUAUGUUCUUCACCAUCGAAUUAUUCCGCACAAUCGAAGCUCUGCACUCUAAGGGUAUUCUUCACGGUGAUCUUAAAGCAGAUAAUUGUCUCGUCCGUUUCGAUUCUCUCUCGGACUCUGAUAUUUGGAGUCCUAAAUACAAGAGAGAUGGAAGCGACGGCUGGAACAAAAAGGGCAUUGCACUUAUCGAUUUUGGCAGGGGAAUUGACAUGAAAUGUUUCAAACCCGACGUUCAAUUUAUCGCGGACUGGAAGACUGGUCCUCAAGAUUGUGCGGAAAUGAGAGAAUUAAGACCAUGGACCUAUCAAAUUGAUUAUCAUGGAUUGGCGGGCAUUAUUCAUAGCAUGCUUUUUGGAAAAUAUAUCGAUACGAUUGCUGAAAGACCAGGUGAUUCGAUUGGUGGAAUGGGAGGUGGAUUGAGAAAGUGGAAAAUUAAAGAGGGUCUUAAGAGAUACUGGCAAACUGAAAUUUGGGCAGGGGUUUUCGAUAUCUUGCUUAAUCCGCAGGGAUAUGUGGAUGGUGAGGAAGGCGGAAAAUUACCGGUGCUUAGGGGAAUGAGGGUUAUGAGAGAGGAAAUGGAGGGGUGGUUGGAGGGCAAUUGUGAGAAAGGCGCGGGAUUGCUUAAAGGGGUUAAGAGGUUGGAGGAUGGGGUUAGAGAGAGGGCUAAGAGGAGGUAA